AUGACUUCCAAUUUCCCUACCCCGAGUUCGCCAUCGUCUGACCCAGCCCCGGUGGAGGGUUUCCAGGGUGUGGUUUCAGACCAGAAUCUAGACACCAACGGGUCCCAAGAUAGUCACUCUCAAGAGGGCUCCGGUAUCUCCCAAGACCAAAAGCCUUCUGCCUCUAGUAUGAUGUGGAAAGAUGUAUUCGUAAUAAUCACGGAUAUCUUUGCACUGACGGUGAGCCUGGGCCAUCUUGUCUUGGUCUGUAUUGUCAUGGGACAUGACGGUCGACCCAUUGACAAGAGAUUCAAAGUCUUCCAGGAUAUGCUCAUUACGCUUGCCCCUAUUUUCCCCACGUUGUUUGCCUUUGUUAUUGGCAGGGCACUAUAUCAGCUUGCUCGACUUAAGCUGGAAAAGGGUGCUCCUCUUGGCACUCUCGAACAGCUCAUGGGUAGCCGAACUCUGGGAGCAAGUGUCAUGACACUCUUUGAAUUGAGAUCCUUCAACCUGCUUUGCCUCUUACUGUUUUGUGUUUGGGCUUUCUCGCCACUAGGUGGCCAAUCAUUUCUUCAUUCACUUGAUAAGGUUUCUCGGCCAAUUAGUACUGAUAUCCUCUACUUGGAUACCUUGAACAACCCUCCUGAUUUCGGCCUUGGCAUUCUCACCACCACAUCAUUCUUCCAUGGUUUAUACUCCUCCAAUUAUGCUGGGCUGCGACCUACCGAUAUUUGGAUGAACCUCAAGGUUCCAUUUCUCGAACCAGACCAUAAUGAUACCAAUCCGGGAUGGAGAGAUCGAGGCCCAAACUCAGACUCGCAAUAUACGUAUUCCUCAUUCUUCGGAGUUCCAGUAAAGCAUGUUUCUGUCGGAAACAGCUCAUUUGAUAUUGAGUCCAGCUAUUUGAGUCUUGCGUGUGAACCAUUCUCAAAGACUCAAGUCGAAACAAGCUCACAAACAUUUAUAUCCGGAGAAACCUUUCUCAACGAGACCGCCUUUGACACAUCAUCACAACAUGGAUCUGUUGGAAGCAAGUUUCUGCCUGUGGUUAAUGGGUCAUGGUAUGGUCGUCCACACAACUAUUCCUGGUCGGUGCCCAUUUCAUGGAACAUUGCCAUUGAUCGCUUUGUUGACCCCCUCUGGCUUUCAAACAUGAGCAGUGAAAAUAGACCUCAAGUUGAGGAUAACCAAGAGCACGGUGGAGAUCAAUUAAACACGGAAACCAAGACAUACACACCUCACAGCCUGUCUAUUUUCCAGAAUUACGCCCAAGUAGAGGCUGGCCCAACCAAACUAUUGUUCCAAGCCAGAAGAAACGUGUCGGACGCCACUACAGUUCUGAACCUAGAGGUCCUCAAGACGGAAUGUCGAGUGCUCCAAAAGUACGUCGAGUCUCGCGUUCUCUGCUUCAGGCUUACCGAGGCUUCACAGCCAGAGUGCAGAGUGAUUGGCCAACGACCGUCACAGAGGCCGCACCUCAGCGAGGACUUGUCGAUUCUAUCAAUUCCAGACACCUUUGAACGGGUAUCUUCAUUUCUUCCUAGGCUCUUAAGUGCUCAGUUCUAUCCUGAUCUAAUCCUUUUGUACCUGUACAGCCAAUCAAAGCCAGCAAGUUCAGGAAAUGAAGUACAGCACGAAGUGCCAGACUUCACGGCCAUCUCGGAAGCCGAGUUCAGUGUGUCACUAAGCCAAAUAAUUAAUUCAUAUAUCAUAAUCCAACAAAUUGGAUUUUAUCUGUUAGUCUCAGACGGAAUGAUAGGGCAGGUCCCAUACAGAGUGAAAGACUGGGUCCAAACUUCAUCGGACACCGAUGGAAUACUCUAUGUGUACUCUGUCAACAGGCCAUGGGGGGCGGUCUGUGCUGCGUCAUGCGUUAUUUUAUCCAUUGCAAGCAUAUUGGGGGUGAUUUUUGCUCAUUCAUGUCGAGGUCUAGACAUAUUGGGGUUGGUCUCGACGGGUAUACGGGACUCAAAGUACGUGGACAUGCCUUCUGGAGGAGAAUCCUUGGAUGGACAUGAGCUCUCAAUCGUUAUGAAAAAUGAACGACUGAGGUAUGGCCAUACGCAUCUAAGCACAAAGGUGACACCAGUCAUAGGGAUCGGACGGGAGAGGCAUAUUAGAAAAAUCAAACAUUAG